GCUUCCUCCUUCUCCUUUCUUCAUGACCCUUUGUCUAGGCAGCUUAGAUCAGGGCUGAGGGACCAGCAUGGCCCCCAGAGUCUCCUCUCUGCUGUGCCUUGGCCUGUGUCUGAGCCAGAAGAUCACAGCUCCAGAGAGGACACUCCCCACACCCUCCAUUAGGGCUGUGCCCAGCUCUGUGGUCCCCAAGGAGGCACGGGUGAGCUUCUAUUGCCAGGGCCCACAGGGAAGCAAGAGUUUUCAGCUUUGGAAGGAUGAAGCAUUCUUACUCCAGAUAAAUACCUCCAGAGAAGAGGCUGCGUUCCGCCUUCAACCUGAGGGACUAGUGGCUGCAGGCAGCUACAGCUGCCGCUACUGGCAAGGAUCCUACUGGUCAGAGUUCAGUGCACCCCUGCAGCUGGUGGUGACAGGAUUCUUCUCCAGACCAUCGUUACAAGUACAACCAAGCACCAUGGUAGCUGUAGGGGAGACAGUGACCCUUGUGUGCCAGGAGUUACUAAGCAGUGGUUUUUUAAAAUUGACAUUCUUUCUGCUGAAGACUGGGGUGUCAGCCCCAUUACAGCACCAGAGUCCAGAGGGGAGGAUGGCCAGCUUCACUCUCCCAUCUGUGAAGGCUGAGGAUGCUGGGAACUACAGCUGUAUUUACUCAAGCAAGGGCACAAAUAAAGGAUCAGAUCCCAGUGAUGUCCUAAGGCUGGAGGUGACAGGUAAAAAGACUGAACAUCCUCAAAGAAAAGCCUCAGAUUACACCACGGGCAAUCUCAUCCGCCUCAGCCUGGCAGGGGUGGUCCUCCUCAUCCUGGAGGUCUUAGUGGCAGAGGCCCAACACAGCCAAAGAGGCUCCUGAAAGCAGCACCAGGAAUGCUCUGCCAGAAGGCCGGGGCUGGCCAGUCAGGAAAGCAAAGUCCAGGUCAAAGGACUCUGGGUAAUCCAGCCUCUGAGGAAAUGAUCCUGUCUACCUGCAGAAGAAGGGAGAUCCACGUCAGCUGCCCUGUUCUUCCCCACUGCCUCCUAUGCACUUCUGGUACCCUAACGUUGCGUGUUCCGUGGUUCUCCUCCGCUCAUCACACUGGCUACCCAUGUUCUCACCCGUACCAGAAAAGCUUUUGCAACAUCUCCUGGUGAAUAAAGGGAAACUAUUUCUCACCCA